GCACCCCGGGGAGGAAUGUGGGCAGGGAGCGGCUCGCAGUGACGCCUGAGCUGCCAGUCGCCCGCAGCAGCCAGGCGGCAUGGCCGAGAAACCCCAAAUCCAGCUCUUCGUCAAGGCCAGCGAGGAUGGGGAGAGCGUGGGCAACUGCCCCUUCUGCCAGCGGCUCUUCAUGGUGCUGCUGCUCAAAGGGGUGCCCUUCACCCUCACCACCGUGGACACAAAGAGGGCACUGGAUGUGCUGAAGGACUUUGCGCCCGGUGCCCAGCUGCCCGUUUUGCUCUACAAUGGCGAGCCCAUGACCGACACCGUCACCAUCGAGGACUUCCUGGAGGACAAGCUGUGUCCCCCCACGUUCCCCAGCCUGGUGCCCCGGUACAGGGAGUCGAGCCUGGCCGGGAAUGACAUCUUCCACAAGUUCUCCACCUUCAUCAAGAACCCUGUGCCCGCUCAGGAUGAGGCGCUGCAGCGGAACCUGCUGCGGGCACUGCUGAAGCUGGAUGAGUACCUGAGUGCCCCCCUGCAGCACGAGCUGGCCCAGGACCCCCAGCUCCGCGCCUCCCAACGCCGCUUCCUCGACGGGGACCAGCUCACCUUGGCUGACUGCAACCUGCUGCCCAAGCUCAACAUCGUGCAGGUCGUGUGCCAGCACUUCCGCCGCCUGGGCAUCCCGCGGGAGCUGCGCGGGGUCUGGCGCUACCUGGGCAACGCCGGCGAGACCAAAGAGUUCAAGUACACGUGUCCCAGCGUGGAGGAGAUCAUCCAGGCCUAUCGGCCCGUGGCACGGGCACCGCAGUGAGCCGUGGCCCUGGCGCCCCCAUCCCCUCAGCUGCCACCCCUGCCCCAGCUGCCCCAGACGGGUGUCAGCCGCCCUGCCCAGCCCGGACCCCCUCCCUGCCCCAUGCUCCCUCGGGCACCGGGCUGGGCAGGGGAGAAGAGGCGCCCAGAGCAUGGGGCUGCGGGGCAGGGUGGGCAUCCCUGAGCCUCACAGCGGGCAAGGCAGGGCUGUGCCAGACCAGCAGCACCGCAGGAUGUCCCCGAGGAGCUGCAGCAGGAUGGGCAAAGGGCACAACAGGGGCCCGGCAGCGAUGGGGCGGGGGGCUGAGGGAGGGGAGGGCACCGCACCAUCCCCGCUCAGAACCGCCGUGGGCAGCUCUCGGGAGCAGAUUUGGGGGGGGCUGGGGGUGGAGCGGGGCCAGGCCCUGUGUCACAGCUCCAAUAAAGGCUUUGCAUGUGAGACA